ACAAUAAACAAUGUGCAAAACAAAGAGUCCAUUCAAUGACUACUAGUGUUCUGGGGAGGACAUGCUAUUGAUCUUCCUAAAGUUGUAUACAUUCUUGUAUACGUAAGUCUGAAGGCAUAAUUCCUAGAGGCAGUGAGACUCCAGUGAGACUUGGAAAAUACCUGAACCAUAGCUGAAAAACGUCUCAAAAGCCAGCAUCGGGAGGAACACUAUGUUUACACACAACAAAUGGAAGAUUUUCGUAAUGCUUCUGGCACUGGCCACUUACACGGCCAUGGUGGUGCUUAACACUGGAGCUGGUUCAGGGGCAUUCAGAGGUGUAUUCCUAAAUACUGUUGGAAACAUCUCCAAUAAGUACAACACCGACUUCACACCAGCUGGCUGGACCUUCUUCAUCUGGAAUGUCAUCUACGCUUGGCAGUUUGCUUGGCUGGGCUAUGCUCUGUCAGGCAUCUGCAGAAGGAAUGAACUUGGAUGGGUCUACAGAGAGCCAGACUUAUUGCCAACGUCCUUCUAUCUGGUGUGGAUACUGAACAACGCCAUUAAUGCCGGGUGGCUAUUUCUGUGGGACCAAGAGUCUCUCAUUCCAGCCUUGGUUUUCCUGGCAGUCCUCACUUUUACCUGUUACGUUAGUCUCUUCAUUUCACACCGCUCCUUGCACAUGCAUGCCGCUUGGUUCCUAAAGGGUCACAAAGCAGAGCUGUGGCUCAUCCGAAUUCUGGUGCAAAACGGGAUUGCGCUGUAUGCAACAUGGACCACAAUUGCCACUCUGCUGAAUUUUGCCGUGGUGCUGAUCUUCAGUGGGAACAUAUCUAAUAAGAUUGCAACAACAACCUCUCUGGCCAUCCUUACCUUUGAACUGGUAAUAUGGUUUUCUCUGGAAAACUUUGUGCUUGAUAAGUAUGUGCGGUAUAAUCUCACUGUGUAUCCAGUGGUCAUUGUAGCCCUGACUGGCAGUACGUGGAAGAACUACUCCCCUUCACCUCCAGAUGACAACAGUAUCUUUAAAGUUGUGUUGCUGGCAGUGGCUUGUGUUACCUUUGUUCUUCGGCUGGGAAUAGUCAUAUGGAGACAUUAUAAAAGGCCUCUAGGCCAAUCGGAUUCUCCAGCCAUGAGACUGUGAAGUAUAUUUCCAAAGUGAAGACCAUAAGGCAGAGAUGUUUCAAUGCAUCAGUCAGGCACUUACUCUCUCUUACCACAUCCUGGUGCCUUAAAAAUCUUUUUGCGAAUGUGGAACCAUGAACAACACGAAGAGGGUAACAAGGAUAUUACAAUGAUUUGGUAUAAGCAUUCAGGGGUCUCUUUCUUUUUCAGGUCCUCUUUCCUUUCACUGUGAUCAAUUACACUUUCCCUAGCACCUUUAAUUUGAUCAUUAGAUGUGUUUUAUUAAAUGAUGGUAUAAGUUUAUACAGGAGGAGUAAAUGAAAGGAUCCCUCUGACAUAACGCCUAAUGCACCUUCAGGAUAAAUGGACAAUAGCAUUCAGAUUUGUCCAGCAGGCUUUCUUAUGCUGACAGCACAUGAAUGUAAGGCGGGAGGUCUGGCUACUGGUUUAAGCUCUGCCAUGGCUUACCAGCG